AUGAGCAAGAGAAAGAGUGAGCAUUAUUCCAAGGGUAACGGAAAGAAAUUCAAGAGUGGGGCAAAGCUACUAGAUCCAAAUACUGCCGGAAUAUAUGCCACGUGUCCUCGAAGGAAGGAAAAGCAAUGUCGCCAAGAGCUAAUGACUGUGCUCUCAGAAAAGAUCUCCGAAUACUUCGAUCUCGAUGAAGCUAAAGAUGACGAUAAAGAGGGCGGGAAGGAAACAAAUUCUUUAUCAAUUGAGGAAAAGAUUAAACAAGAGCUUUCAGAAAUAAAAGAAGCUGACGAAAAUCCCAAAGCUAGCUAUUUGCAACCGAUUGAUAUUGAUAUUGAGUGUGUCGUAUUUAUAAAAACAAGAAAGCCGGUAGACCCAGUGGUACUUGUUCAAAGAUAUGUGCAGGAGUGCUAUGACUCGGGCGUCAAGACUACUAGGAACACUCAGAAACUCACACCAAUAAGCGAUUCAUGUAGCGCAACUGGAAAUCCAGAGGAACAUUUAAAAGACUUAUCCAGACGUGUUUUGAAGAAGCAUUUUCAUGAACAGGAUCAAGGGCCAGUAAAGUUUGCCAUUCAAGUUUCAAAAAAGAACUUUGACACACUCACAUCCGAGGCAAUCAUCAAAGCAGUGGCCGAAACUGUAGGACGUGACCACGGACAUACAGUGGACUUGAAAGACUAUGACAAGCUAAUCAUUGUUGAGUGCUACAAAAAUAAUAUAGGAAUGAGUGUGGUGGAGAAUUACAGGAAAUAUAGCAAAUUCAAUUUGCAGCAGAUUUACGACAAGACAUCAAAUUAG